AUGGCCAGACGAUGGGUCUUGACCGGCCAAGAAGGCUUUGAAACCUCUCUUGAGUACCAGAAAGACCUGAUCAUACCAUCCUCCCAGGAACUGGGUCCUCAUGAGGUCCUUGUUAGAAUGCAUGCUGCGAGUUUGAACUAUCGCGAGCUAGUCAUCGCAGGACCAAUAGGUGUAAAUGGACCAAUCACGCCACCUAUUGUCCCGGGCUGUGACGGCGCCGGCAUUGUCGAAGAAGUUGGAUCCUCAGUUCGUGAAUUUCGUUCUGGGGAUCGAGUCGUCACGCACGUCUCGCCCAAACUCGUGGAAUCUCGUGGCGACGAUGCACUUGCUGGGUUUGCCGAUGUCCCACCUUGCCUCGGCCAAGGAUCUGACGGCACACUUCGGUCCCAUGGUGUUUACUCGGAAGCGGGUCUUGUCCAUGCACCAACGUCCCUAGAUUUGCUUCAUGCAGCGACUUUAACCUGUACAUGGACCACUGCAUGGAACUCUCUGUUCGGCUUGAAGGGCAGAGAAGCUGGACCUUGUUCAUGGGUACUUGUCCAAGGUACGGGCGGGGUCAGUACUGCUUCUCUGCAGCUCGCUGUCGCAGCUGGUGCUACAGUUAUAGCUACCACAUCGAGUGAGGAGAAAGCGAGUCGCCUCAAAGCUCUGGGUGCGACUCAUGUUAUCAAUUAUCGGACCAACUCGGAGUGGGGUGAGGAGGCUCGCCUUUUGACUCCAGGUGGAAGAGGUUUUGAUUUCGUCAUUGAUGUUGGUGGCAAUGAAACUCUCCCGCAGUCUUUGGCGGCUGUGCGGGUGGAUGGAAUCAUUCUGGUUGUUGGUGGAGUUGGUGAGACCACGGAGGCGGUGCCAAUGUCUGCGGCUUUGUUGCAUAGCUGUAUUAUUCGUGGGAUUCUUGCAGCUAGUCGCAACCAAUUUCGAGAGUUGGUUCGCUUCAUUGACGAGAAGGGCAUUUUGCCUGCGGUAGAUGAUGUGGUUUUUGAGCUUGCUGCUGCGAAGAGUGCGUACAGGCGCCUCAAGGAAAAGAAACACUUUUCCAAAGUUUUGAUUCGGAUUGAUCAUUAG